CCUUUCCCCACAGCCAGGCAGCGUGUGUUCGCUGGGCAGCUCGUCCAACACUUCUUCGGCCCGGGCCCGGUCUCAUUCUCGCACCCGUUACCGGACCAAGGCUGCUAGUUCAGAAGUGGAUGAGAGCCUCUUUGGGAUUUCCAAGGGAUUCUGGCUGCCGUUCCGAGCCUCUUUCCCCUUCCUUGCAGAAUGUUCAGCUGUCCCGCGCUGGCAGCCCGAUCGUGGUCCUCCACGACCUUGCAGCGGCAAGAGGGAAGUCUCUCGGAUGGGGCCGCAAGCCCGAGACGAUCCGACUCAUUACUCGAGACCUCAUUCGGGACCUGGUCGUCCCCACAGUGGACCCCUCGGGAGAAUCCCUGAUCAUCGGUCCUGAUGACUUUCGGCGCAUCAAGGAUUCCUCUCGGAUCCUGACUAAAGAGGAGCGUGAGGCUCAGGAAUCAGCCAUCAGGGCCGAACGCGAAGCCACCAUAGUUGCCGUGAACGAGCGCAAGAAAUCCAUGAAGCUCAAGGAGAUCCUACGGAAGAAGAACGAGAAGCUGAAUGACCUGGAAGAAGAGGCGAAGGAAAGAGCCCAGUACCUCUUGGAACGGGCAACCAACCUCCGCAUGGAGCAGGAAGACGAGAUCAAAAAGCUCGGCGAGAUCAUCCUGGAAGCCAAGUGCCAUGCCAUCCGUGACGCUCAGAUCCUGGAGAAGAAGCAGGUUGAGAAGGAGCUAAGCGAAGAGGAGAUGAGGUUAGCCAAGAUGAUGGAAGUGGAGAGGCAGAAGGCUAAUCAGAUGCAAGACGAGCUGCAACAGAAGAGGAAAGAGGAACUGUACAGGGGGAGGCGCCACCUCGUUCAGCAGAUUGAGAAGAACGAGGAGCUGCGAGCCCUGAAGGCUGAGCAACGUGACCAAGAGGCCCAGGACAUGCUGGAAUACCUGGAGCGGCUGCAGUUUGAAGAUGAGAGGGAAAUGGAGCGCCGCAGGUCAGAACAGUUGAGGAUCCAGGCUGAGAUCAGAAACAUCAACGAUGAAAACCAGAGGCGGAAAGAUGAGAAAUUGAACCAGGAAAAAAUGGCUGACCUGCGGGUGCUGGAGUACCAGCGGCAGAAAAUGGCACGGGAGGCUGAAUUUGAGGCUGAACAGGAGAGGAUCCACCGGGAGAAGGAAAUGGAGACGGCCCGUCUGCGGGCGUUACAAGAGAAAGCACAGGAUCACCAAGCAGAGCAGGAUGCCCUGAGGGCCAAGCGCAACCAGGAGGCCGCCGAGCGCGAAUGGCGCCGGAAGGAGAAGGACACCUUGCAGAAGAAGAUCCAGACGGAAGCCAUGUUGAAACAGAGCCGCCUGGAACAGGUGGCUCAGAAGGAGCACAGUUUGGCUGUGCAAGUGCAGCGGGACCGGGCUGAGUUCGAAAGGAUCGUCAGGGUUCAGCGCGAGCAGAUUGAGAAGGAGCGAAAGGAACACGAGCGGCGGGUGGCUCUCCAGAUGAACCAUGCCGGCGAGCUGCGGCGCCAGGUGCGGGAGCACCAGCAGAAGCAGGUGCAGGAGCGCAUCGCCAUCUUCGAGGAGGGCAAGCGACUCAAGGAGGAAGCUCGCCGGCGCAGCGAGCGCCUCAACGAGAUCAAGCGGAGGAAGCUGGACGAACUCCGAGCUGCCGGCCUCCCAGAGAAAUACUGUGCACAGGUGGAACGCAAGGCCUUUGUUCAGUCGGCCCCAGUCCACUGAGUAGGGAGACGCUUCCCUAGACACUUAAUCAGCCAACUCUUAACACAUAGCCUAGAUUUUUAUUUUCUUACCCUCCCAAACUCUUUUAUGAAUAGAUCUAUUUCUGGA